GAUAAUAUCUAAGGGUAAAUUAGUCAUUUCAACUUCACCAUCUAAAACCCUAAUUGAUACUUAUUAUAUCUAUAGUCAGCUUCCUUUCCGAGCCGAAACCAGAGAGCUAAGGAACCUCAAGGAGCUAACAAUGGGUGCGUACAAGUACGUAUCGGAGCUAUGGCGGAAGAAACAAUCGGAUGUGAUGCGGUUCCUGCAGAGGGUGAGGUGCUGGGAGUAUCGCCAGCAUCCUUCCAUUGUGCGUGUCACGCACCCAACCCGCCCUGACAAGGCUCGCCGUUUGGGUUACAAGGCGAAGCAGGGUUAUGUGAUAUAUCGUGUGCGUGUAAGGCGUGGUGGAAGGAAGAGACCAGUACCCAAGGGUAUUGUAUAUGGAAAACCUACAAAUCAGGGUGUUACUCAGCUGAAGUUCCAACGCAGCAAGCGGUCAGUUGCAGAGGAGCGUGCUGGUAGGAAGCUGGGUGGCCUUAAGGUUCUCAACUCUUAUUGGCUCAAUGAGGAUUCAACAUACAAGUACUUUGAGGUUAUCUUGGUUGAUCCUGCACAUAAUGCCAUCCGUAAUGAUCCAAGGAUCAACUGGAUCUGCAAUCCUGUCCACAAGCACAGGGAGCUUCGUGGACUCACUUCUGCAGGGAAGAAGUACAGAGGCCUGCGUGGCAAGGGGCACUUGCACCACAAAGCACGACCUUCAAGAAGGGCAACCUGGAAGAGGAACAACACACUUUCUCUCCGACGCUACCGCUGAUCUUUGUGACACAAUUGUUUUUAUCAUCCUAUUUUUAUUUUCUAUUGUAAGAUUUGCCUGUUUUGAUAUUUAUGUUUUUGUGUUGAACAUGUUGAAUUUAGCUGCAUUGAGGCUUAUUAAGUUUCAUUUUUCUAGAACUGCUUUGGGAUUUUCAUCUUAUGAUAAUUUACUUUGAAGUC